AUGGCCCCUCAACUUCACCAGCGCCCACCAUUCCGCGCGGAACACCUUGGUUCGCUUCUGCGCCCUCACAAGCUCCUGGAUACCAAGCUUGCUUUUGAGGCUGGCAAGAUCCCAGAGGCGGAAUUGACCGCCGUCGAGGAUAAGGAGGUUAACGAUAUCGUUAAGACCCAGCAGAAGCUCGGAUAUGCCGCUAUUUCAGACGGCGAGUACCGUCGUCACAUGUUCUGGGGUACUUUCUUCCCCGGUCUCGAUGGCUUCGAGGAAGUCAAUGAUGUCGAUGUCGAUGAUUUCCGCCCCUACGCCCCCGAUAUUGCCGCAUUCCUGGAAGCGGGCCACAAGCCCGGUGAGAGUGUCAUCUGUACUGGCAAGAUCAAGCACGUUGGCAGCACCUACGUUGAUCAGUUCAAGUACCUUGCCAGCCAGGUUCCUGCCAACGAGGUCGGCAACCUGAAGAUCACUCUUGCCGCCCCUAACUGGUACCACUUGCGCUACCGUGAGGGCAAGGCUUACCCCAAGUCCGUGUACACCAACGACGAGGACUACUUCGGUGACAUUGCCAAGGCCUACCAGGCCGAGCUCCAGAUCCUCUAUGAUGCCGGCUGCCGUAACGUCCAAUUCGAUGACCCCAACCUGGCUUACUUCUGCUCCGAGAAGUUCCUCAACGGCUUCAAGGAGGAUCCUCUGAACGUAUACACCGCCGACGUGAUGUUCGAGAAGUACAUCAAGCAGUACAACGACUGCUUCGUCAACCUGCCCGCCGACAUGCACGUCGGCGUCCACCUGUGCCGCGGUAACUUCGUCGGCAGCCGCCACUUCUCCGAGGGUGGCUAUGACCGCAUCGCCAUCAAGCUGUUCCAGGAGCUGAACGUGCACACCUACUACCUCGAGUACGACACCCCGCGCGCGGGUGGCUUCGAACCCCUCAAGUUCCUCCCCACCCACAAGAACGUCAUCCUGGGCGUCGUCACCAGCAAGUUCGCCAAGCUCGAGGACAAAGAGGAGAUGAAAACUCGUGUCAUUGACGCCGCCAAGUUCAUCGCAGAGGGUAACAACAUCUCCCUCGAUGCUGCGCUUAACCAAGUCGGUGUCAGCCCCCAGUGUGGGUUUGCUUCCCACCGUGAGGGUAAUGCUAUCGACUGGGACGGCAUGAUCAACAAGCUUCAGCUUGUGCGUGAUAUUGCCAACGAUAUCUGGCCUAACCAGGCUUAG